UAGUGGUAGUGGAGUAUAAACGUAAAGCCUCUUUACCAAAGAUGUUCACUUCUCCCAGCAGUACUUGAGCCAGCAAGAACCUGCUUUUUCAUCAUCAACCCUUGUCACUGCUUCUCCCAACUCAUCCACUCAACCCUUUCCAUCUUAUAUACAUCUCUUACACCCUUCUCCUCCUUGCAAUAACCCUUUACACUAACCACUCUCAAAAUGAACCACCCCUUCACCACCCUCUUCGCUACUAUAGUAACCAUACUCAUUGUUUCCACCACCACCGUCUCACAAGCUAUCACCACCAACAAUCAGACACACUUUUUCUCUCUCAUCAAGGACUCUCUCACGGGAAAAUACCCUCUGAACUGGGAUGAAGCCAAAGCAGUGUGCGACUUCACCGGGGUUACCUGCAACACCGAGGGUGACGUUAUCAACCUCGACCUUUCAGGUUGGUCAUCACUCUCCGGAAAGUUCCCUUCAGAAACAUGCUCCUACCUCCCACAACUACGUGUUCUACGCCUCGGCCACACCAGGUUCAAGUUCCCCAUAGACACCAUCCUCAACUGUUCCCACUUGCAAGAGCUUAACAUGAACCACAUGUACCAAACCGGCACACUCCCAGAUUUCUCUUCCUUAAAGUCUCUUAAAAUUCUCGACUUGUCCUAUAAUCUCUUCACAGGCCAGUUCCCCAUGUCGGUGUUCAACCUCACCAACCUCGAGGUGCUUAACUUCAACGAAAACGGAGGCUUCAACCUGUGGAAGUUACCAAAUGAUAUAGACAAACUCAGAAACCUCAAGUCCGUGGUGCUCACAACGUGCAUGGUGCAUGGCCAAAUCCCUGCGUCCAUAGGGAACAUAACUUCCCUCAUAGAUCUCGAACUCAGUGGGAACUUUCUCACGGGACAAAUUCCGAAGGAGCUUGGACAACUGAAGAACCUGCAACAGCUUGAGCUUUACUACAACUACCACCUCGUUGGGAACAUUCCAGAAGAGUUGGGGAACCUCACGGAGCUCGUGGAUUUGGACAUGUCAGUGAACAAGUUCACUGGGAGCAUCCCUGCCUCGGUGUGUAGGCUUCCCAAGCUUCAAGUCUUGCAACUCUACAACAACAGCCUCAGUGGUGAAAUCCCAGGUGCGAUUGAAAACUCAACAGCUUUGAGAAUGUUGUCUCUCUACGACAACAACCUUAUAGGACAUGUUCCCACGAAAUUGGGACAGUUCUCGAGGAUGUUGGUUCUUGACUUGUCGGAGAACCGUUUAUCUGGUCCCUUGCCAACCGAGGUUUGCAAGGGUGGUACGCUAGAGUACUUUCUCGUUCUUGAUAACAUGUUUUCUGGUGAGAUACCACAAAGUUACGCCAACUGCAUGAUGCUGUUGAGGUUUAGAGUUAGUAACAACCGUUUGGAGGGCUCCAUUCCCGAGGGGCUCCUUAGUUUGCCACACGUUUCUAUCAUUGACUUGAGUAGCAAUAAUUUGACCGGUCCAGUUCCUGAGAUUAGCGGAAAUUCUAGAAACUUAUCUGAACUGUUCCUCCAGGGGAACAAGAUUUCAGGUGUCAUAACUCCCACUAUCUCCCGAGCUAUUAACCUAGUCAAGAUUGAUUUCAGUUACAACCUUCUGUCUGGUCCAAUUCCUUCUGAAAUUGGCAAGCUGAGAAGGCUUAAUUUGCUUAUGUUGCAAGGGAACAAGUUGAGUUCUUCCAUCCCAAGUUCACUCUCCUCGUUGGAGUCUCUCAACCUUCUUGAUCUCUCCAAUAAUCUUUUAACUGGGGGCAUCCCUGAAAGCCUCUCUGUGCUGCUACCAAACUCUAUUAACUUCUCUCACAACCUUCUCUCGGGUCCUAUUCCUCCCAAACUGAUCAAAGGAGGUUUGGUGGAAAGCUUUUCAGGGAAUCCUGGUUUGUGUGUGUUGCCUGUGUAUGCUAAUUCAUCGGAUCAAAACUUUCCCAUAUGUGCAAGUGCCUACAAGAGUAAGAGGAUAAACACCAUAUGGAUUGCUGGGGUGUCAGUGGUUUUGAUUUUUAUUGGCUCUGCCUUUUUUCUCAAACGAAGGUGCGGCAAAGACACGGCUAUAGUGGAACAUGAGGACACGCUGUCUUCGUCGUUCUUCUCUUAUGAUGUUAAGAGCUUCCAUAAGAUCUCUUUUGACCAAAGGGAGAUUCUGGAGUCCUUGGUGGAUAAGAACAUUAUGGGGCAUGGAGGGUCUGGGACAGUCUACAAGAUUGAGUUGAAAAGUGGUGAUAUAGUUGCAGUGAAGAGGCUGUGGAGUCGCAAGUCCAAGGAUUCAGCUCCUGAGGAUCGGUUAUUUCUGGACAAGGCGUUGAAAGCAGAGGUGGAGACAUUAGGCAGCAUAAGACACAAGAACAUAGUGAAACUCUACUGCUGCUUCUCCAGUUUGGAUUGCAGUUUGUUGGUUUAUGAGUACAUGCCAAAUGGUAAUCUUUGGGAUUCCCUGCACAAAGGUUGGAUCCUUUUGGAUUGGCCUACUCGUUAUAGAAUUGCACUGGGGAUUGCACAGGGUUUGGCAUACCUCCACCAUGAUUUGCUUCUCCCUAUUAUCCAUCGAGACAUUAAGUCAACUAAUAUCCUGUUGGAUGUUGAUUACCAGCCUAAGGUUGCAGACUUUGGGAUUGCCAAGGUUUUGCAAGCAAGAGGAGGCAAGGAUUCCACAACAACUGUUAUUGCAGGAACAUAUGGUUACUUAGCUCCAGAAUUUGCAUAUUCAUCAAGGGCCACCAUCAAGUGCGAUGUCUACAGUUUUGGGGUGAUUUUGAUGGAACUGUUAACUGGGAAGAAGCCUGUGGAGGCAGAAUUUGGAGAGAACAGAAAUAUUGUUUUUUGGGUUUCCAACAAAGUAGAAGGCAAGGAAGGGGCUAGACCAAGUGAAGUGUUUGACCCAAGAUUAUCAUGUUCAUUCAAGGAUGAUAUGAUCAAAGUGUUAAGGAUUGCCAUUCGCUGCACCUACAAAGCCCCAGCAAGUAGACCAACCAUGAAAGAGGUUGUUCAGCUUCUGAUUGAGGCAGAGCCACGCGAUUCGGAUUCUUGCAAGUUGUCUACCAAAGAUGUAUCAAAUGUCACCGUAUUAAAGAAACCAUAUGAAUUAUAAUUUGAGUAGCAUAAAUAGUGAGAGGGAGCAUAUAUGACAACUAAGAUAAGCAGUCUCUCAAGAUGUAAAUGAGAGACUCAUUGUAGAAUAGAGAAGAAAUUAGUGUAAUCCUUUUUCUAGACAAGUAGUUUGUAGAUUCUAUCUUUGACUCUAUAUUGCUGCUCCCUUUUACUAUCUUUGAAUUUUGACUUUUUGUAAAAAAAAUUGCAGUCAGAUUGCUAUCCAAGCUUUAAGGUAAUGUACAGUAUCUAUAUUUCAUAGGCC